ACACAUACUAUCUCAUCAUGGCGAAAUGCCCCAUGGAUGACAUGCUGCGCUCCGGGGCGGCGGGCGCCGGCACCCGCAACCGGGACUGGUGGCCCAGCCAGCUGAAGCUGAACAUCCUGCGGCAGCACGGCGAGGCGUCGAACCCGCUGCGGGACCAGGACUACGCGGCGGCGUUCAACUCGCUCGACUACUUUGGCGUCAAGAAGGAUCUGGCGGCGCUGAUGACGGACUCGCAGGAGUGGUGGCCGGCGGACUUUGGGCACUACGGCGGGCUGUUUGUGCGGAUGGCGUGGCACAGCGCGGGCACAUACCGGGUGUUUGACGGGCGCGGGGGCGGCGGGCAGGGCCAGCAGCGGUUUGCGCCGCUGAACAGCUGGCCGGACAACGUCAGCCUGGACAAGGCGCGGCGGCUGCUGUGGCCGAUCAAGCAAAAGUACGGCGACAAGAUCUCGUGGGCGGACCUGCUGCUGCUGACGGGCAACGUGGCGCUGGAGACGAUGGGCCUGCAGACGUUUGGCUUCGCGGGCGGGCGCGUCGAUACGUGGGAGGCCGACGAGGCGACCAACUGGGGCGGCGAGACGACCUGGCUGGGCAACGAGGUGCGGUAUGCGGCGGGCGGCGGCAGCGAGGGCGUCGUCAAGGACGCCGGGCAGGCGGUGCUGGCGGCGGACGAGGACAAGCCCAACCGGGACAUCUACACGCGCGAGCUCAAGACGCCCGUGGCGGCGUCGCACAUGGGCCUCAUCUACGUCAACCCGGAGGGCCCCGACGGGCAGCCGGACCCGGUCGCGGCGGCGCGCGACAUCCGCACAACGUUUGGGCGCAUGGCGAUGAACGACGAGGAGACGGUGGCGCUGAUCGCGGGCGGGCACAGCUUCGGCAAGACGCACGGCGCCGGGCCCUCGGAGCAGGUGGGCAAGGAGCCCGAGGCGGCCGGGCUGGAGGCCCAGGGCCUGGGCUGGGCGAGCAGCUUCGGGGCGGGCAAGGGCCCCGACGCCAUCACGUCCGGGCUGGAGGUGACGUGGACCAAGACGCCGACGCGCUGGAGCAACAACUUCCUCGAGUAUCUGUUCCGCUACGACUGGGAGCUGACCAAGAGCCCGGCGGGCGCCCACCAGUGGGUGGCCAAGGGGGCCGACGCCAUCAUCCCGGACGCCUUUGACGCGGCCAAGAAGCACCGGCCGCAGAUGCUGACCACCGACCUGUCGCUGCGCUUCGACCCGGCGUACGAGAAGAUCGCGCGCCGCUUCCUGGCGCAUCCCGAGCAGCUGGCCGACGCCUUUGCGCGCGCCUGGUUCAAGCUGCUGCACCGCGACAUGGGCCCGCGCAUCCGCUAUCUCGGGCCCGAGGUGCCCGCCGAGGUGCUCGCCUGGCAGGAUCCCAUCCCCGUCGUCGACCACCCGCUGGUCGGCCCCGCCGACGUCGAGAGCCUCAAGCAGGCCAUCCUGGCCUCGGGCGUCGCCCCCGCCAGCUUCAUCGCCACCGCCUGGGCCUCGGCGUCGACCUUCCGGGGCAGCGACAAGCGUGGCGGCGCCAACGGCGCCCGCAUCCGCCUGGCGCCGCAGCGCCAGUGGGCCGUCAACGCCCAGCCCUGGCUGGAGGAGGCCCUGGCCGCGCUCGAGGCCAUCCAGAAGCAGUUCAACGCCUCGCAGCAGAGCGCCAAGCGCGUCUCGCUGGCCGACCUGAUCGUCCUGGCCGGCAGCGCCGCCGUCGCCCAGGCCGCCCGCGCCGCCGGCCACGCCGACGUCGCCGUCCCCUUCACCCCCGGCCGCAUGGACGCCUCCCAGGAGCAGACCGAGAUCGAGUCCUUCAACUACCUGGAGCCCCUCGCCGACGGGUUCCGCAACUACGGCAAGUCGACCCCGCGCAUGCACACCGAGGCCCUGCUGGUCGACAAGGCGCAGCUGCUGGGCCUCACGGCGCCCGAGAUGACCGCCCUGGUCGGCGGCCUGCGCGUGCUCAACACCAACUACGACGGCUCGCCGCUGGGCGUGUUUACGGCCCGCCCGGGCACGCUGACCAACGACUUCUUCGUGCACCUGCUCGACAUGAACACCAAGUGGGCGCCGCUGGGCCCGGAUCUCUACCAGGGCACCGACCGCAAGACGGGGGCCAAGAAAUGGACCGCCUCGCGCGUCGACCUGGUCUUUGGCUCGCACGCCGAGCUGCGUGCCGUCGCCGAGGUGUACGCCAGCGUCGAUGGCGAGGCCAAGUUUGUCAAGGACUUUGCGGCGGCAUGGACUAAAAUCAUGGAUGCGGACCGCUUCGAUCUCAAGUAUGUAAGCUUUCCUGUUAAGCAGAUCGUAGUCAGGAGCUCCAAGAUUUGAUGCAAUGGCUAAAGGACAUCAAAGGGCAUAAAAGGGCAUAAAAGUCAAGGU